UGCCCAUCAAAUUUCUUUACCGCAAAGCAUCCAAUCCUUUGACUUUCGAAAGUAUCUGGGGUUUUCUUCUUCCGAAUCUCACCAUGUCUCAGACCGUCGUUCUGAAGGUUGGCAUGUCAUGCCAAGGAUGUGUCGGGGCUGUCAACAGGGUUUUGGGGAAGAUGGAAGGUGUGGAGUCUUUUGACAUUGAUAUUAAGGAGCAAAAAGUGACUGUCAAGGGUAAUGUGGAACCUGAAGCGGUUCUAAAAACGGUUUCAAAGACGGGAAAGAAAACUUCAUUUUGGGAAGCAGAAGCUCCUGCUGAACCUGAAUCGAAGCCUGCAGCUGCCGUUGCCACUGCAUGAUAUAUAUGAUCAUUGCAAUGAUGUUAAAAUGGAUUAAAGCUAGUAUGCUUAUGGAAUGUUAUGUCUUUAUCAUGAGUGUAGUGUGUUAUAAAUAAAGUGUUUGUCAGCAGUUGAUAUUUUAUAGCAAAACAAUGUUCUGUAUUUCAUAUAUUUAAAGAAUGCAAUGUAUAGGUUUUAAGUUUAAGGAAGUUCUCUUUUAUCCUAA